GGCUAGGGGGCACCGAGCUGGGCAUAGCUGGGCUGGGGAGAGGGGGUCAGAGUGGAUCUCUGUAGGGAAUUUCCUUCAGCAUAGAGGAAAUUGUGUUAAUGAGAGACCUUAGAUGAAUACCGUAUUUUUCGGAAAUAAAGCCGUGGUUUAUACCCAGAUUUUAAAUUUUUCUUGUGGUGGUGCGUCUUAUAUUUCGAUGCGGCUCAUAGAACGUUUUUAUAACAAAACAACAGCAGAAACACUUUUUUCGUGAAUGCUAUUUAAAUAUGAGUUAAUUCCCGGGCAAUAGAAAACAUACAUUACGCACUUAACGUAUUUUCCGGACUAUAAGUCGCACUUUCUUUCAUAGUUUGGCUGGUCCUGCAACUUAUAGUCAGGUGCGACUUAUAUAUGUUUUUUUCCUCUUCAUGACGCAUUUUUUGACUGAUGCGAUUUAUACUCCGGAGCGACUUAUAGUCCGGAAAAUACGAUACUUACUUUCGUUUUCGAAGUGUGUUACACAACGGCAUGCUGUAAGAUCGCCUAUACUCGAGCAUUGCUUGGUAUCAUUGUUCCUGUAUCAAUUGCGGCCUAUAUUCCAGUGCGGUUUAUACUCAGAUUAUUUUCCGAAAAAUAUGGUAGUUGUUUUAGAUAGGAGACGUCUGUGUGUGUCUGAGAGUUUUUAUUUGAUGCUGUUCCGUGAUAUCAGAAUGUUAAAGUCUGGUGUAGAUGGUGAUAAUCUGACUUUACUCGUAGACCUGAAAAGAAAAGCAUGUUUCCAGGUUGAAGCUGAACUUGGUGUCGUCACAGGUUGAAGGACCGUGUUUUCUCCUCACAAGUGCUGAAGAGUGUUUGUUUGGCUGCUAUGCAAAACAAUGUGAUCAUAUCUGCUAUGGAAUGAGGAUUGAAAGCAGGGGCGUAGCCACGGGAAUGUACUCUUCUACUCAGGUCUGCACCACACAAACCUCUGUGAUGCAGCAGCCAGUGAUGGUGCAGCAGCCAAUGAUGGUGCAGCAGCCAAUGAUGGUGCAGCAGCCAAUGAUGGUGCAGCAGCCAAUAGUGGUGCAACAGCCAAUGGUGGUGCAACAGCCAAUGGUGGUGCAACAGCCAAUGGUGGUGCAGCAGCAGCCAAUGGUGGUGAUGACUCAGCCGGGGCCUUCAGACGUUCCUGGUCAGAUGCAGUGUCCUCGGUGCCAGGUCCGGGUUCUGACCCAGACCAAACACACACCUGGAACCCUCGCCUGGGUGGUCUGUGCUUCCCUGGGUGUCCUCUUGAUUUGGCCCUUCUGUCUGAUCCCUUUCUGUGUCGACUCCUGCUUGGACGUGGAACAUCGCUGUCCCAACUGUCAGCAAGUCAUCUACAACUACAGACGCAUGUGAACAAACACACACACACACACACACACACACACACACACUACACACACACACACACACACACACACACACACACUACACACACAAAAUGUGUGUACUGACAAUACAUGUAGCGGCUAAUGAUAUCUGAUGCUCAGUUAGUUUGCUGUUGUUGGUUACAGAAAGCUAGUAAGCUGAUUCAAGUAUUAGGCAAGAUGCUAUCUGAUAGCUGUUAACUGAUUGUGACUACUGAAGAACUUUGUUUAAAACAAAAUACAUGUAUGUUGUAGUGUUUUGGUUUCGAUCACCUGCUUUUGCUAUACUGUUAGAUAUAAGCUUAAUAUAUACAUAGAUUGUGAAAAAUACAUUUAAGAAAUUAUUUUCUUCAAUAA